AUGGGCGAUUACGAGUAUUGGGCUGAUGAGUACGUCGAUGGACAGACUAGCUACACGAUCCGACCGGCGACCAGAGUUGUCAGAAUGUCGAUGCCGCGCGAUAUGAUGCUCGCUGCUUCAUCUCAAUCGCCGACACCUUCAACAUAUGUGAUCCGAUCUUCGGACAAGUCGUCAUCGUCUUCUUCGACACCUAAUGAGGCGAUUUGUGCUGUAUGUGGAGACGGACAUGCAAAACUGCAUUAUGGUGUCCUCGCAUGUUACGGAUGCAAAGGAUUCUUCAGAAGGACGUUGACUGGCAAAUAUCGAUAUGCUUGUCGGUUCGGAAACAAUUGCAUUGUGGACAAAUUCCAAAGGAACAGUUGCCGAUUUUGUCGGUUUCAACGUUGUAUAGAAGUCGGAAUGGACCCGAAAGCAGUGAGACCGGAUCGCGAUCUGACGGGUAAACAGAAGGUGCCGCGAAUAAAGAAGAAGCAAAUUGAUGAAGAGCUUCUGAACCAUAUGAUGAGAUUACAAGGCGAUGACUGGUCGCGAAAACUUCCUGUUGAGACUCGAAUUCUUCUUAUGCAGUUGGUUAGUAUAGAAGAUAAAGUGUCGAAAGGGGAUAAUAAUAUGAGUGCGCAAAAUACUGCGAAAGAUCCGAAGAAUGUCACGUUACGGGAAAUGUUCGAAUCGAAACCAAUGAUGGAUGGAAGGCGGAUGGAGAUGAGAUAUGAGCCAUUCCGAAUGGUUCGAGUCGGAGAACUAAGUGUUAUUGCGCAUCGUCGUGCUAUUGCGGCUGUUGAUUGGGUCGACAGUUUAUGUGAGCUCACUGAGCCAAUCGAAACCGAAGACAAAGUUGCGCUCGUUAAAUCGUGCUACUCUCCGCUCGCGAUUUUCACGAUUGCCGCUCGAACCGCGGAGAACACAAAGAACCCGGAUAUCUUGUGCCUUUGCAGCCAUUCAUACGUGCCACGACGAUUACCGCCAGAGUUCAAUGAAACCAAUCAUUUGUCGAAUGUUUUGAUUGAUCGCACAUUGAAUGAACUUGUCGCGCCGCUGAGAAAACUAAACCUGAAGGAAGAAGAAAUUGUUCCACUAAAAGCAAUUAUAAUUCUCAAUCCAAACGCGAAAGGAAUUUCUGAUCAUGCUCGAGCGGCAAUUACCGAGCUGCGCGACAAAGUGCAGGAUAUGCUGUUCCAGAUUGUCAAGGAGCUUCAUCCAAUUUAUUCGGCGAGCAGCCGAUUCGGAAAUCUUUUGCUUCUUCUACCAACCAUAACUACUCUUUCGGGAUUGAUGUCAGAGAACAUGCUGUUCUGUCAUACUCUUGGAGGAAGACAGGCAGGAGAUACAUUGCUUUCGGAGAUGUUCGGUGAUCCGAACUUUGACGAAGCGAUCAGUAGCAGCAUCAGUCCUCCAUUAUUCGAAAAUCCGGCGGAAAUUAGCUUGGAAGCAAUCUCGCCUCCAUUAAUGGAUAUGAUGGGUGGCAGCAGUAGCUUCCGCAGAGGAAACAACAUAAAGAAGAUUGAUGUUUCGACUCAGACUACUGAGGAGACAAGUGUCAGCUAUAGCUCACAUAAUUAUAUGGCUCAUUCGAAUUCAUCAAACUCUCUUAUCAAUGCGGGAUAUUCACCGCCAGUGAUCUCUUCACCAUUCCCUUCACUUCUCGAUGAUAAUGACACUACUUUCACAAAUGACAUUAGCCUGUCUGAUUUAGGAAAUUGUGACGAUUUCCUUUCGCUAAUUCAGUAA